UCUACCGCCCUGAGGAACAGCGAGACGAGAGGCGGGCCAGAGCGGCCGGAAGUGCGGCGACCUAGGGCCAGCGCUGGCCGCGCUGGCAGCGUGUAGUCUCGAUUCCUCCCCGCGGUCUUUUCCUUCAGGCCUGGGGAACCAGCAGGCCCGAGAUGGAUCCUGGGAAAGACGAGGAGGGGUUGCCGCAGCCCCUAGCACCACACUCGAGAAAGAAAUUUGUCAUCCCGCUGGACGAAGAUGAGGUCCCUCCUGCAGGGGCCAAAUCCUUAUUCAGGUCUUCACUGAACCUUCCCACUGUGGCGACUACUGUGGCAACCUCAGCCCAAGGGGCCCCUCAGACAUAUGCAGAGUAUGCCAUUGCCCAGCCAACAGGAGGUGCUGGGGCCACAGGUCCCACAGGCUCUGAACCUGUGGCAGGAGAGAACCCCAACCAGGCUCUGAAACCUGGGGCAAAAUCCAACAGCAUCCUCGUGAGCCCCCGGCAGAGGGGCAACCCUGUGCUGAAGUUUGUGCGUAAUGUGCCCUGGGAAUUCGGCGAGGUGAUCCCUGACUAUGUGCUGGGCCAGAGCACCUGCGCCCUCUUCCUCAGCCUCCGCUACCACCACCUCCACCCAGACUACAUCCACGAGCGGUUGCAGAGCCUGGGGAAGACCUUCGCCCUGCGUGUGCUGCUGGUCCAAGUGGAUGUGGUGUCUCCUUCUGACAUUCUUCUCUUCCAGAAAGAUCCUCAGCACGCCCUCAAAGAGUUGGCUAAGAUGUGCAUCUUGGCUGAUUGCACACUGAUCUUGGCCUGGAGUGCCGAGGAAGCUGGGCGGUACCUGGAGACCUAUAAGGCCUAUGAGCAGAAGCCUGCUGACCUCCUCAUGGAGAAGCUGGAGCAGAACUUCCUGUCCCGGGCUACUGAGUGUCUGACCACUGUGAAGUCAGUCAACAAGACGGACAGCCAGACCCUCCUGGCCACUUUCGGAUCUCUGGAACAGCUCAUCACAGCAUCGAGAGAAGAUCUGGCCUUGUGCCCAGGCCUGGGCCCCCAGAAGGCCCGCCGGCUCUUCGAGGUCCUACACGAGCCCUUUCUCAAAGGGCCCCGAUGACCCCCACUGCUGUUGAGGCCCCAAAGCUGUAAUAAAGUAUCUUCCAUGCCCAGG